UGGAUGGUGGAGAAGUUGACCACGUCUGGUCGCCUUUCCCGCGUGGAAACCAAAUUUGCCUUCAUUGAAACGUCACUGGGAAGCGUGUUCUGUCCUCUAGCUGCUGCCAUUCCUGCGAACGAACAUGUUCCAAACUUUUCAAAUCGCUAUGCAGUUGGAGAUAUGGUUCAUAUCACCAUGGUCCCACAAGAGGGAAAGAACGGAUGCAAGUUCGCCAUAUGGCAAAGCAGGCAGAAAGUGCCUCUGGGCAGGCCACGACAUCCGAUUCAUCAAUAUCUCAGCGUGCAUCAAAAACUAACAUCCUCACUAACCAGGUUGGUUUUUGGGAGGCAUCGUAGAAAAAAUGAGAAAAAGAGGCUUCUGCAGGUUGUGACUGUAACAAAUGUUUGUGAAACUUUGGCAUACGGAGUGAACGAUACCCAUGGCUCCGUUUUCAUACCAGGAGCAGCUUUUUCUUCGCAAGAAGUCACUCGACUAAACUCCUAUCUGAGCAUUGGUAAGCAAUCGUGA